UUCGAAGUUUUGCAAAGUUGAAAGUUAUAUCUAGGUACUAAGAGUGGUAAAAAGUCUUUAUUAUCGUAGAUAAUUCAUUUGUAAUAUCAUUUCAGCGAAUUGGCUAGGUGGCUAAUUCAAGGACUAAAGACACCUUAUGAAACCAGUCGACUUUUUGUGUGAAUAUUAAAUUAACAACGUUAAAUUAGAAUUGUGUUUAACUUGUGAAAGUUUUGUAAAUCGUGUGUUUUGCCAGCAUUGACAUAAACGACGUGAGACAACCUGGACUAAAUGGAACGAUAGUGCCUUCAAAUAAAUAUGGGUAGCGCUAAACACGCUACAGUAAAUAGUCAAAUGGCGUCACCAAAGAAAUCGAUCAAGGAUAUAUUGAAAAAGCCAUUCCAAGCGCUCUUCAAAAAAGAUAAACAUAAAGAGAAAAGGGAAGUAAAUGCUGAAGACACACAUAAAGUAGAACCGAUCAAAGUUGUCCCAGUUAGUGAACUACUAGAGGACAUUAAAAACCUUAAAAUAAAGCAAGAGGAAGAAGACGAAUUCAGUAAUUUCACAUACAAAAUAAUAGAUGAUAAGCGGAAAAAUUCAGAAGUCUCCGAAGCAAGUUUUCAAAAAGAAAGAAAUGACUCGCAGCUCUCUGAAGACAGUUUCAAUAACUUUAAAUUGAACGAGGGGGGGCGGUUGAAAAUCGACUCGCAGACGUCAGAAGACAGUGGCUUCUCGGAGAAGAAUGAGACAGUGGAUUCGGAGGAUGACAUCUGUGAGGGUAGGAAGAAAAAGAAGCAGUUAGUGUUGAUAUCGAGGGGACCGAUCAGGAACCAGUUCUUAACGCCGUCACAUCCAUAUUCGCGGGAAUCUGAAUGCAGACAGAUCCACCAAGUGAACAAACAAACUUUCUCUGGUGGACAAGUUAUUGUGAACGAAAACACGCGGACAGACAACACAUAUUUAAGCAAAGUUAUAGAAUUAGUUGACACAAAUGUCAGAGAUUAUAAUAAUGAAGAUCUAUCCACCUUUCUUGACCUAGCAGACGAAUUCGUCAAUGAAAAUACAAAUGAGAAUAUCUUAGCUGAAUUUUUCAACCAAGCCGCCUUACCAAGGAUAGUGGAGCCACCUAAGGAUACCCUUAUUGGCGGGUUCAGCUUUCAAAAUGAAAACCCAAUGCAAAUGUCAAGCACUAACACGUUAACAGAGUACGACACGCUCGAAUUAUUCCCCGAAUGCCUCCAAAACCCCGAAUUUGACACUUUGAAUGUAUUCCCCACGCCUCCGCGCUCAGAAAACGUCCCAAGCCCCAUCUCGGACUCAACAGUCUUUUACACAAACCAUUCGGAUUAUUCAUUAUCACCCCAAACGCAAACGUCAUCGCCAAUGUACAAUAGUGACUAUGAGAAGUGUCAAGACAUACCAUCGCUAGAAGACUAUCCAAGCUGGGUUAUAGACGAAGUACCUGAAACCACAGAAAAUAAAACGCGGGAACGUAUACCGAGCACGUCCAUGACGAUGAAACAAUACAAAGACAUGCAAAAGGAGAUCGCGAACGAAUUUUCGAAAAUGGAAUGCUGUCAAUCAAAGCGGAAACCGUGCAAGGAAAUAUUCGAGGCGCACAUGUCAAAAUUGAAAAUGGAACACAGGAAGAUGCUAUGCCAAAAAGUUGCCAGUUUAGAUUUGAAAACUGCUUAUGGUGUCCUUCAGCACAUCCUGGCGAGUUUAUCUAAUGGCAACACUGAGGAAAGUCUGCAGCUGGCGCUUUUUAGUCUUAUCUGUGAAAAAGUGCUAGCACUGCAGCUGGAAUUGUUUGUCCAGGACUUCGGUUUAAACCUCUUGAAAUUGGCAGUACUUCGAUGCCCGAAGCGACCGCUUCUAACACGAUAUCUGGUUCAGUGCAUUCGGACAGUUAUCAAAACUGAUACAAACAAACAGACACAUGACUGUAUCUUUACUGAGGUGGACGCACUUCGCGAUAACCUCGUGAUCGCCUGCGCACGCGGCGGUGAUGAAUACUCGAACGCGCUCUAUGAGCUUGUGAAGCCAAGUGGCUGCCCUUCCCUGUUUAGCUUACACCACGCUAAUGCCAAUGGUCAGAACGCGUUGCACGUGGCCUGUAUGACUCAUUCUGCGCAAACGCCGCGGUAUCACACAGUACAUGUAUUAUUAGAACACGCACACAUAGACUUAUGGAGGAAGGACGUGAAAGGUGGCGAGACAGCGCUCCAUCUAGCGGUGAAUUCCGCAAACUGUGACCUGAAGUUAAUAAUGAUACUCUUCAAACACAUCGACAGAAAACAAUGGUACGACCUUGCGCAUGCGCCGAAUCUAAGUUCGAUAUCUCCUCUGGAAUACGCCCGAUCUGCGAGCAAAUCGAAAUCGGAAAACUUUCCGAUUGAAGUAUUAGAAUUUCUCAAGAAGUGCCGGAAAAAUCAAUAAAAAAUUCAAUCGAUAUUUGUUUUGUUAUUUAAUAUGAUGACGGUUUUGGCUUCCGCCAUUUUGUAUAUAGAUUAAUGAAACUUUCAAAUUGUGACAUUGACAGUUUGAAGGUAUAAAUACUUUUUGAUGAUACUUUAAUUAAUUUUAUUAAAAUGGAGGGAUAUAUAGUCUCACUAUUUUAACGUAUAUAACCAUUAUAUAUCAAAAUGAAUUUUCUUCCUAUAUGUCAUACACGAAUAACUAAACCAGUUCAAUUAUUCUUUAUACAGAAUAUUAUAUUUUUGUUAAAAUUCGUCCCCCAAUGGUAUUUUCGUAUACUCGGAGUUAUCCUCCUAAUAAGCUAUACUAGGAUUAGUAGCGUCAAGAAUGUAAAUAAAUAAAAUAAAUAUAGUCAAGAAUGUAAUAAUAUAUUAGCUUAUAAUCUUAGAUGAUAUCCCUUAUUCAUAAAAUCUUUUUUAAGUACGCAACUGUCUCUUUUUCUCAUAGCGUAAACACAAUGUGACAGAAAGAGAUGAAAGUACUGAGUUUGACUAAACGGAUUCAGUAUUUAUGAAUAAAUUACAUACGCCAUGACAAGUUACACGUUAAGCAAAAAAGUUUUUAGUUAAUAAUGUCGGUAAGUUGUUUUAUUAAAUGUAUAUUUUGUUCUUGUAAAUAUGAUUUAAGAUAUAAUUUAAAAAAGAUAACAAAAAACUUUUUGUUAUUUUAUAUUAUUAUACUUUAAAAAAUGUCGCCUUAAAGUUGAUUUAAACACUAGUAUGAUAAGGAUUACUUUACUUAUAAUUGAUAUACAAAAUAUGUAUACUAAAGACAAUAGCAAUCCUUGUCUUUGGUAAGUUUGGUGAGGAGUUUAAUGAAUAAUACUUUUUAUCGAAUUGUAUAUAUUUUAUAAAAAAAUCUUAAGAUCUCUCGACACAUAUAUUUUUCGUAUUUAUGGAUUCUUUAAAAUGUACAAAUUGCACUCAAAAUGCCUUAAGACUCGUAAGAGUUAAAAUGUUAUAUUUUUAUUAAUAAACCUUUAUGAAAAUCUCGUGGA